AUGCCUGAGUCUAUUCCCCUGCGCAACAAGGGAACCUCUGGUCCACGUCCUCGCACCCUUGCCCACACCCUUUCCGACGACUUCACCCUCCAGGCCAGGAACAGCACGCCGCCCAUUGUUGUACCGGUAUCGGGCCCGAGUUCGACACAGCUUUCGUCCAAGCAGCCAGACAGCUCGGCCUAUUCCCAUUCACGUUCCCAUUCCGAUUUCGACAACAGCGACCAAGACGACGAGUUCGACGACUGGGAUGACCACGACGCCGCUGCUGCCAUGCCGUCUGACCUGAGACCCUCGCAGGAGCGGGAGCGGGAGCGCGAUGGGCGUGCCAAUGCGCCGCUGCUCGGCCGCCACAAAGACGAGGACGAGGGCGCAGAGGUGGCAGACUUGGGCUUGGGCAUGAGCAGGACCAGCCAUCACUUCCACGAGCGAGAUCCCAAGGCUCAGGCGAAAUUUGAGACGCGGCGACGCUACACGUAUGCCGCCUUCCUCCUCGCCCUGAGCCUCGUCAGCUUCACGGUGCAGACGGAAACGGCCGUCUACAUCCAACACCAGCUGAAGUGGGAGAAGCCGUACUGCAUGCUGUACAUGACACACGGCUCCUGGGUCCUCCUUUGGCCUGCCAUGCUGUGUCUCCUGCGCCUGCAACACUGGUCCACUCCCUGGCCCACCUUCUGGCGCCGUCACGUACAGCUCUUGCGCCAGACAGCCCUCAUGGUCCAGCACCAGACGCUCCACCCCACGCCUCGCCAGUCGAUCGCCUCUCCCGUGCCCUACAUGCUCAAAAUGACGGCCUUCAUCACCUGCGCCCUCACUCUUGCCGGCGGCAGCUGGUACGUCGCAGUCAACCAAACGACCGCCUCGGAUCUCACUGCAAUCUACAACUGCAGCGCCUUCUUCGCCUACGCCUUCAGCAUCCCGAUUCUGCACGAAAAGGUCCGCGCGGGCAAGGUCAUUGCAGUCGCCAUUGCCAUUACAGGCGUCUUCGUGGUCGCAUACGGCGACACCUCUCCCGCAAAACACGGCUCCAAAUCGGGCGGCGGUGCUGGCGGCGACAAGGCCCCUCCCUCGCACGAAGCCGAGAACCGGGCAUUUGGCAACAUGGUCAUUGGUGUUGGUUCCGUCCUGUAUGGCCUGUACGAGGUUCUCUACAAGAAACUGGCGUGUCCGCCCGAGGGCGCCUCGCCAGACAAGGGUGUUGUGUUUGCAAAUACGUUUGGGAGUUUGAUUGGUGCCUUUACCCUCUGUGUGCUAUGGAUUCCUUUGCCCGUUCUUCACUACCUCGGAUGGGAGAUUUUCCAACUGCCUAGGGGGGAGCAGGCGUGGAUGAUGGCCAUUAGUGUUUUGGCGAAUGCGACCUUCUCAGGAGCCUUCCUCGCCCUCAUUUCCCUCACCUCUCCCGUCUUAUCCUCGGUCGCAGCACUUCUUACCAUCUUCAUCGUCGCCAUUGUCGAUCAGCUGCUCCCGCCUCCCCUCAACUCCCCUCUCACGCCCGCGGCGAUUGUAGGUGGCCUCUUGAUCAUCGGCGCCUUCAUGCUGCUCAGUUAUGCAACGUACAAGGAGAUGGAUGAAGAGAGGCGGCACAAGCUGGAAGAGAGCCCCAGUGAAUUAGAUGACUAG